CUCAAACCAUAGACUUCUCUAACAAUACUAGUAAUUUCUGUAUUGAAAUAUAUAGUCAUGUCAUAUUCAAAUUCAUGAAGACUUUUAAAAAAAAUAAAAAAUUUAGAAUUAAUUUAUUAUAAAAUAUUAAAUAAUUUUAUGAUUAAAGUUGUGCAUUGAUGUACAUAAAACUAUAGAAAAAUAUAACAAAAACAGAUAAAAACCUGAGAAGUAGAUGAACCGCUGCUUUAGGCUUAGGAGGUUUCCCGUUAUCUCUAAGAAUGGGAAACCAGUUGUCGAUCACCUCACCUGAAAUAAUCAGCGAAGCCAGGACGGUAGCGGCCCGAUCAUGUCAGCCCCAAGGACAUCAUUAUAUUGAGAUAUGAUAGAAUAUUUAGUUUGAUAUGAUAAUAUUUCGAUAUUCUAUUUUAGUUAAUUUCCGAAGAUCCUAAGUUAUCUUAUGAUACUAGGAUUAGGACUUGUAUUGGCUAUAUAUUUCCCAAGGUGAUUAAUGAGAAGGCAAGCAAUAUCUUUCUAUUUCUUCAUGGUAUCAAGAGCAAGGAUUUUCUUUUGAUUUUUUUUUUUCUAAACCACCAUGCCUGGUGACGAUGUACCACCACCGCCACCACCAACGACCAAAAUAGAACCCAAUUCACCAUAUUUUCUAGGACCUCAAGAUAGGCCUGGCGAUUAUAUUACUCCGACUCAUCUCAAAGGGGACAACUAUGAUGAAUGGGCAGCCGAUAUUCAGACUGCCUUAGAAGCCAGACGCAAAUUUGAGUUUCUUGACGAUACGAUUACAGUGCUGGAAUCUCCCUGUACCAAGUCCGAUUGGACUGCCAUAAAUGCAAUGUUGAUUUCUUGGUUUUCAAAUACAAUUGAUCUUGAAAUUAAAUCAUCUCUUUCAAAAUUCAGAGAAGUCAAACCAUUUUGGGAUCACCUCCGCAAACGCUUCGCUCAGACUAAUGGGCCUCGAAUUCAGCAACUCCGUUCAUCUCUCGCAAGGUGUGAACAAACUAAAACCAUGGUUGUCUCUGUAUACUAUGGGAAAUUACAUGCUUUGUGGCAUGAAUUGGAUCAUCACGAACCCCUUAUUUCGUGUACUUGUUGUUCCUCGUGUACGGCGGGUCGACUCCAUGAACAAAGGCGUGAUCAGUCUCGUUUACAUGAUUUCUUGAUGGGAUUGUACUCGGGUUUCUAUUCUUAUCUUCGCUCGAACAUUCUGUCACAAGAUCCCUUACCAAGUCUGGAUAGGGCGUAUCAAUUGGCGGUUCAAGAAGAGCGCGUUCACAACGCUAGGCAGGACACCGAAGCCAAACCACCUGAUGCUCUCGGCUUUGCUGUUCGUGCUAACAGUGGGCGUGGUUCUGUUUGCUCUCAUUAUAAGAAACAGGGGCAUGAGGUAUCUAAUUGUUGGUUUCGUUCUCCAUGCCCUCACUUCAAGAAGAAGGGGCACGACCCUAAUAAUUGCUUCGAAAUUGUGGGCUAUCCUGCGGGCUGGAAUGCAGGGUCGAAAGAUUCUACUACAGUGCAGCAGAGUAAGGGGGGGGGGGGCACGUGCUCAUGCUACGGCUGCAGGGGACUCCCAUAACACUCCUAAUACUGCCGCACAAUCCUCCUCCACUAAAGCUUUCACUGUCGAACAAUGGAAGGUGCUUUUGGGAUUUUUGGGUAAUGCUAAUAUUCCUGACAACCGUCUAAAUGGACCGUCUGAAGGAGCUGAUUGGAACGGGUCUUAGGCGAGAUGGACUAUAUUAUUUCUUUAGUAAACCGGAUGUGGUGCAACGUGUGUCUGUGGUUGAAGCGUCGUCAGAAUUGGAGCUUUGGCAUAGAAGAAUAGGGCAUCCGUCGGAAAAAGUAGUUAAGUUGCUUCCGCAUAUUAGCAAUAAUAAGAGUAGUUUAAAUAAAAGUUGUGAAGUAUGUUUUCGUGCUAAGCAUCCUAGAGACAAAUUUCCUUUGAGUGACAAUAAAUAUUCUGGAAAUUUUGAGAAAAUAUAUUGUGAUUUAUGGGGUCCAUAUAGACAUGUUUUGUCGUGUGGAGCUCGUUAUUUUUUGACUAUUGUUGAUGAUUAUUCGAGAGCUGUUUGGAUUUAUUUGUUAAUUGAUAAA